CCAAAACGGUGCCCCGCUCUAGUAGUAGUCCGUGGAAGCGGUACGAAACUACGAAUUACGGGUCGAAACCGUCAUACAGUUGUUCUUUGUUGCUUUCCAUGACGCGAAAUGGACACAUAUAUGCAGGGAUGUUACCGAGAACAACCUAGUCUUAACUUAAUAAUCUACUGAUGGAAUUUUGAAUUAUCAAUCUUCGAAAUAUCCACGAGAUGGCUAAGUAGUAUAUAUAUCACUCAUUCAUCCGUCCCCUAAUCAUAUCUCUGUCAAAACACAGCUCGAAUACAACUCAAACUAUCAGACCAAUUUCUCAUAAACACUCAUAUUUCUAAACAUCUAUCUCAAAUCAAUUUCAUCAUCGAAAAUGGCGCCCUCAACUACGAAGCAAUGGACUGUCGCGGGAACCGAUCAAGGGUUCGAUGGUUUAGACUUCGUCGAUGCACCAAUUCCCAAAGUUGGAGAGAAUGAAGUUCUCGUUAGAUUACACGCCGCCUCCCUCAACUACCGAGAUCUCAUCAUCCCCAAGGGUCUCUACCCUUUUAAGUCCGAAUUCCCAGUAGUCGCAGGUUCUGACGGUGCUGGUGAAGUUGUCGAGGUGGGGUCGAAGGUCCACAAGUGGAAGAAGGGUGACAAGGUGGUCACUCUAUUCAACCAGGGCCACCAGUAUGGCACCCAUGAUGCCCAUUCCAUGGUCACUGGCUUGGGUGGUGCAUUGGAUGGUGUUUUGCGCCAAUACGCUGUUUUCAAUGAGAACGGUUUGGUCCGAUCGCCGAAGAAUCUGAGCCAUGUUGAGGCGAGCACCUUAUCAUGCGCCGCCUUGACAAGUUGGAAUGCGCUUUUCGGAGCGAAGGCCUUGAAACCAGGUGAGGUUGUCCUCGUCCAGGGCACUGGAGGUGUUAGCAUUUUUGCGCUUCAGUUCGCCAAGGCCGCAGGCGCUACAGUCAUAGCUACCACAUCUUCCAAGGAAAAGGGAGAGAGGCUGAAGAAGCUCGGCGCAGACCAUGUCAUCAACUACAGCGAGGAUAAAAACUGGGGUGAGACUGCUAGGAACCUUACUGGGGGUUUGGGUGUAGACCACAUCCUCGAAGUCGGCGGUGCCGACACUAUCGAGCAGAGCAUCAAGGCUGUCAAAUUAGAGGGUGUUGUUACCUUCAUCGGAUUCCUUGGUGGCCCCAAGAUGCAAACCUCGCUGCUUGAGACCCUGUUCCACCUUUUCACAGCUCGUGGAGUCUACGUUGGUUCUAAGGCACAGAUGGAAGAAAUGGUCGCUGCCAUCGAAGCGAAUGAUAUACACCCUAUUGUUGAUGAUACUGUUUUCGACUUCGGCAAGACCAAGGAAGCUUAUGAGUACAUGUGGAACAAGAAGCACUUCGGCAAGGUCGCUAUCAAGAUUGAGUAGGGUCUCAAUGGACGCAUAGAGUGUACGAACAAG